AUGGGAGACCAGCUGAACCAACAGAAGACCAGUUUGGCUAGGAUUUACUUUCUUUUUUUGCAGAAAAAGGGCAAGUCCAAGUACUCAGCCACACGCAGACUUCUGCUAAAGACCAAAUUGCUGAGAAAAGCGGAAAACUUGCUGGUAAAAGAAAAAGAGCAGAAAAAGUUAGAAAGAGAAAUUGCCCUGCAGGAGAGAGUGCCGCCCCUCAAACUCUCAGGCCUUUCUGUCCAUGAACUGCAGGAGCUUUGCAAAGAUUUGCACGAAAAGACUGACGUUGUAGAUGAGGCGCUAUACGACCUUAAUGUAAAAGUCGUCAGAAAUGAUGCAGAGAUUGUGUCACUAACCCAGAAGAUCUAUGAACUCAAGGGGAAAAUGAAGAGGCCAAACCUGAAGAGGGUGAAGAAGUCUCCAGAUGCCAAGCUGGGAGCGCUCACGGACACUAGACUAAUGAAAGCCGACUUCAAAGCAAACCUCAAAACAGUUAAAAAAGAAGAGGAAAAGAAAGAGGAGGUAACAGACUGGAGGAAAAACGUAGAGGCCAUGUCCGGCAUGGAGGGCAGGAAGAAGCUAUUCAAUGCUGGGCAAUAGACCAACACAAGCUCCACAACUGUACGAAAUAUUUCCACCCAAAAAGUGGGCAUGAUGGAGAAAGGGGCAUCUUGAUAUAAACCUUAUCAUCUUCUUUGUUUGUUUGAAUUGUAAUCACCCUAAACAUUAUAUGGUAAAUUAUUCAUUUAUUUUGUCAGUCGGCUGUGGCUUGCAUGCAAUAUUAAUUUGUGAUGUGCCACGAUAAAUAUGUGUGAGCGCUGUCCGUGGAGAGGGAUUAGAUAAUAGAACAACCUAAUAUGGAUAUCAUAUCAACUGUGUAAAUAUAUUCUGCGUUGAUUGAAACAAACAAGGCUACUGUUUACCCUCGGUGAAGAGCAUGUUUAUUUUAUUACCUAUUUGUAGUUUACAAACUGAAUUUUUUUUAUUUUUAAUAAAAUUGCAUUUAUUGACGUUUGAAACCUUCAUUAAAAGAUCAAAGGUUUGAUUAAAAUCUGCAUUAAUGUCAUAGCUACACAUUUGAAUGCCAUGAAUACUCAGGUAAUAGCAGUUCUUGUUUGUGACCUGCAGGUGGCGCAUAUGCAUUUAUUUAUAUAAUGAACUGGCCGUUCAUAAGCAGCAGGGGGCGACAAAGAAACAAAAAAUGCUUAACUGGAGCUUUACAUUGAGGGAACUAGAAUACAUUAUAGAAGAACAGAAUAUUGCACAAGGAUACCGCUUCAUAGGAACAGAGAGACAGGCAUCUGUUGUCUUAGUUUCCAUCUAAAAUAUGACAUUCUGUCUGUGAACUGAUGUUGUGGAGUUUAGAAAAGGAAGCACUGGGAGGUAAGAGGAAGGGUGGCACUCUAUCCUCUAUUGCUCGACAGAUGGCAAACUGGCACAGAUAUGGCAUCAGUCAUUGAGACCUGAGUCAGCAUGUCCACUUCAACACAGGUCAUAAGAGACAGGUGAAGUGUGUCAUUUUUGGACGUUAAUUCAGCUGAACUAGGCCAGUUAAUCAGUAACGUGUGGCUGUGGGUAUUAUUCUAACAAAAUAUGCCUGUUUGUAUAUGUGACUAUGCUGCAUGUGUUCCAUACACUAAACAUUGAAAUACAGGCCAUAUAAAAGCUUUUCUAAGUGGAUUACAGUCAUUUUCAAACUUUUUGAUCUAUUGUGCAUAAUCUUACGGUAUGCAGUUUCCUUUUACUAUCCUAUUAAUGCAGGUUUCUCCUUUUAUGAUCAGCAGAUAGGUAUUUACUUUAGAUUAGACACAGAUGUUGUCUCUAUUGGAAAUGUUAGACUAGGUUUGGCAACUGUUCUGUAUUAGCAGGGUUCGGGACGUCCCGUAUUUUAUGCAAAGUUAAGAUGUCCCAUGCCCAUUGUCCAGUAUUUAAGCAGCUGACCGUCAUGUAACUUUACAUCCUGGAAGAAAUAAGAAGACCUUUUGCACUCCUAUGCAAAUGAGAUACAGUUUUAGCACCCUGAGGCUGUCCUGAUGUUCUCAGAAAAGUUCAACUCUCCAUGCUUUAGGUAGUCUAGUUAAAACAAGUUCAUAUGUAUACUUUUAUAGCAACAGACAAUCAUGUGAUAUUGUCAUUCUCAGAGCCCAGAGAAAGUUACAGUAGGUGACAAUGUUAUAUUUUCAGUUAUCUGAGGCCUUUCCCUGAUAGAGUUGCUAUGAAUCAAAGCAUAUUAGAAAAGUAAACAUCUGUAAUUCUCAAAGCCCUCAGAUGAAGAGAAUAAAAAUGCAGGGCAGGCUCUCCUUUGUAACCAAAUUACAGGUAAAGCGAUCUGCAUUUUACUGCUCCUGGUUUCCAAUUUGUGGGAAAAUACUGGGAAAUAUUUUGCUUGUACUUUGAGAUGGAGCACUUGAGCACUUUUGUUUCAACAAAGUCAUGCUCA